AUGGUACCAAGCAAAUCAGGUUGCAUCUCCCUUCCGACAGGUUGGACGAGCUUGUUGGUGCUCAUUACGAUGUUUGCUUCCUUGCUGCAAACGGUGACUGGCGCUUCAACAAGCACCUCAAAGAAGGUAGCGCAGCAGAGCAUUGAUACAACAACACCACGUAUCCUCGUACCGCUAUACAUCUACCCGCUCCCCAACGCUUGGGAUCCACUCUACACUGCUCUCCGAAACAACCCAACGGCAGCAUUUACCGUCGUUGUCAACCCGAACUCCGGCCCUGGCACUGGCAAAGCCCCCAAUUCGGACUACGCGGCAGCCAUCAAACGGCUUCGAGCAAUUGCUGGUGCCAAUCAGAUUCUUGAGCUUGUCGGAUAUGUCAGGACGGACUACGGCAAGAGGGCUGAGGCAGAAGUGAAAGCAGACGUGGCAAAGUAUGUCGGUUGGGCGGACGGUGUUAAGCUCGACGGGAUCUUCUUUGAUGAAGUCAGCACACAGAGCAAGUGGUUGAAGCUUUACACAAACUAUACCGAUGCUGUGAAGGGUAGCAAGUGGGCCUCGACAACAAAAGCUUACAGCUCAGCACACAAGGCUUACGUUGCAAAGAGCAAACAGAAAGCCUCAAAGAGAUUGCACAGAUCAGCUAUCACAAUCUUGAAUCCUGGAACUUGGCCAGAGUCGAGCAGGUUCUUCGACAUUGCGGAUCAUGUCAUCAUUUAUGAAGACAAGCUGUCCAACUUCAACUACACCGAGUACAAACAAAAGACAGCCUCGAAGAAGAAUGCAGGUAGAGCUUUCCAGCGAAGCUACAUCUUCUACAAUGUUGACCCUAACAACGCCACCACCAAAGAUGGAAAGAAAUUCACGAUGAACAGCCUCGUCAAAGCUUCAGUCAACGGACUCAAUGCCAAAGGUGGUCUCUUUAUUACCAAUCUCGACAUCGGAUCUAUCGAUGUCUACGCCUCGUUUUCUUCCGUUUGGCAACGAUUUGUCAAGUCGGUCGCUUCCCUGUCGAGCUGA